AGGGGCUGGUGCUGCAGUAACUGAUGGGUGUGUGAGUGGUGGGGAGGGGAGACAGUGUCCUGUCCUGGUGAUGGACCCAGCGUUAUCUCGAUCACUUCAUUUUCUUCGGCACUCGUUCUCCCCGGGAGCCUGGGGCUGCUUUCACCUCCGUCUGGCUCUUUAAACCAAAGGCAAAGAUGAUAAAAGAAGGCAAUUCUUUCAUGAAGGGUGUGAUAUUGGGUGGAAUAGUUUGUUUGGUCUUCACCCUUUUUAAUAACACGAAGAUAAGCGGAGAAUUGGGAUUGCGAAGCCACGAACACCGCCACCUCAAAGCUCCCGACAAGGAAGAACUCCUGAAGCUGCCCGAGACGAAGCGUAUGGAGCUAAGUCUCACUAUCCGUGUUCUUUGCUUGAUCAUGGUUACACCCAAAGAAAUUGGCUAUUGGGCCUCUGUGAUAGAAACGUGGAGCAAACAUUGUGAUAAAGCUGUCUUUUACAGCCCGGAAACCAUAAAAGUCUUUGAAUCAGUCAGCCUUGCAACGGAAGAUCAAUGGAUCCAAACCAGAAGAGCCUUUAAGCACGCAUAUGAGAACUUCAAAGAUGAGUAUAAUUGGUUUUUCUUGGCAAAAUCAUCUACGUUUGCAAUUAUUGAAAAUCUUAAGUUCUUUUUACUAAAUAAAGAUCCAGAACAGCCUUUCUAUAUUGGUCAUUCAAUUAAGUCUGGUGAAUUGGAAUAUGUGGAAUUUUCUUCAGGCGUGGUCCUAAGUAUAGAAGCAUUAGAAAGACUCUAUCGGGUUCUUGAUGAUCCUAUGAAAUGCCCAGAAAAGGGGAGUUUGCUGUGGAAGAUGUCUGAAGAAAAGGAACUUGCAGUAUGUCUGAAGUACACAGGAAUUGUUGCUGAUAAUGCAGAAGAUAAUGAAGGAAAAGAACUGUUUAAUUCAAAAAAUAUAAACACCCUUGUUGUGGAGGCAAUGUCCAAUCAUCCGAGUGAAGUUGUGGAAGGAUGUUGUUCUGAUGUAGCUAUUACUUUUCAUGGACAUUCACCUAACCAUAUGCAUGUUCUCAUGUAUGGUGUUUACAGACUACGACCUUAUGGGCAUAUAUUUAAUGAUGCACUGAUUUUCAUGCCACCUUUAAAUUCAGACAAUGAUUAAAUGCUUUUUCUUCUAUAGAGACAUUGCAGGAUAUGAAAUUUGAAAAGGAAACACAUCUGUUGUUUAGAAUGCUCUUCUAGUUUUGUAAAAUCUUUUACUGUUUCCAACUGAAAAUGUGCCUUCAAUGUCAAGCCUAAAAUGAAUUAACUAGCAACUUUGCAGAAACGUUAAUGAUUAUACACCAUUUAAGAUUUGCUUAAACAGCAGGGUUAAUGUAAACCAGUUUGAGUUACUUAAUGGCAGAAUAGAUGAUGCUUGAAUUCAGUGAAACAUUUUGGCAAACAUUGAACAUUUUUAUAAAGUGCUUGAGAGCUUUGAAAAAGCACCCAGUUGUACAAUCAUUGAUCAUCUCAGACCUGAGUUUUUAUUGUGCCUAACAAAAGUUAGGAUUAGUGCUGAUGGUUAUAGGCAUGCCCCUGCUAGUUGAGGUGAUGAAUUCUGAGUAUCAUGCAAGAACCAUACUGACUGAAUUUGAACUGUGGAAGUUCAAGAAAACUUUCAGUCAUUCAUGUAUGUCGAUCUGUCAUUCUGUUAUUUAUGUUUGGAUGUUGUACCCAUUUUAUAUAUACUGGGUCUUGUAUAAUGUGACUCAAGUUUUUUUUUAAGAUUUAUCUGGCCUGUACCUUGAAAUUACAACCUAUUAUGGUUUUGUAAAAAAAAUGCUGAGGACAAAUAGAGUUUAAUCACGAGUUUUGAUUGGUGUUUGCAUAAUGUAAAGUGCAAUUUAAAGCUCAAAUCUGCAAACUUGCUUCAUCAAUUUAAACUGUCAAUUGAUCUGUGUACAUUAAUUACCAUUUUCAAAUGUAAUUUUCUUGUGAUGAUCAAUAAUUUGAUUCAUGCCUCAGGACUUUGAUUUUCGUGCUUAGAUUUUGCAACUGGUGUGGUUCUGUCACAUGUCUAUCAAGCCAUCAUUAUCACAUUUUAUCACACACUAUGCAUUGCACUUGCUGCAAUUCUAUGAAGUAACAAUUAUUAAGCUGAAUGAUGUUCUAGAAUGUAAAAGUAUGGAAAAAAGUAACUUUCUGUAGAUUUUUUCUGACCUGACAACAUUCAUUAUUUAAGAGAGAUAACUGUACAUUUACAAAUAUCUGACAAACUAAAACACUUAGCAUUUAUAUAACAUCUGUAUUACUAGCAAAAUAUCUGAAGAUACUUCAGGAAUGUAAUGUAGAAAAUUCACUUAGGAAUGUACCUCUUUGAUCUCAGGAUGUGCCUAUUGGGACCAAUCCUCUUUGGGGAGCAACUGAGCAGUAGCUUUGAAAGCAUCACUUGUUCUUGGUGAAGGGGGAGUGUGGGGGUGAUGUAGGGUAACAUUAUUAUAUUUGUAUAAUUCGGUGUUUUUCUGAGUAAGGGAUUUUUUUUUAAUAACCAAAGAUGGAAUUUCACUGCAUUUGCUGUGAAGUUAGUGGAAAUAAAACGGGAAAAUUCCCCAGUUCAUUGCCCAGGUACAAUAUUCAUCCCAUUAGAUACAGAAAUUUACUGAAAAUGCAAGUAUCACCAGCAAAGAUAAGAAUACUUGACAAUGUAGUUAUGAAAUAGUAUCUGUUCACAACUUUCUUAGUUUCUGUAUUAUAAUUUUCCUCUGCUUGAUUGCUCAAGUUCAAAUGAAUGAAGGUUGAGAUCAUUUCUGUGCCUCCAAUAAUGUUCUAACCUGCACAUUUUAUUGAGGUAUCAGCUAUUUAAACAUACCAUGUACAUUUAAUGACUCUUCUUUGUAACUACAGAUGUGAUUAUGUAGUUUCCCCUCAGGUUAGAUAAUCAGGAUAUUCAACCUUAUUGAGCUGAGGACUCUACAUGUGUCUGAGGCAAACCGCAAAUUACCACAUAGAAAUGCAAACUCCUAUUCACACAGUCAUUAAACACAAAUACUGCAGUCAAAUAGUGUGGCGCUGGAAAAGCACAGCAGGUCAGGCAGCAUCUGAGGAGCAGGAGAGCAUAAGCCCUUCAUCACAAUGU